UAUGCUGUCUGAUUUCAAAAGAAGGAAAGCCCCUGUGAUCAAGUCAAUCUAUUGGAAGAUUUCUUCCUUACUUUAUCUGGUCUGGCUUUUUCUGUACUGUAACUUAAUUAUGUAGCAUACUUAAAAAUUAAUUUUAUUUGCUAAAGUACAUAUGCUGAGAACUUAUAUAGGUAAACUAAAUACAUGUAAGUGAUCAAAUGUUGCUUUUCUUGCACAUUCCAAUGGGAUUAGAAAAUAAGUCUACUCUUGUUCUGCACAUGAGAGUAUUUGUGUUAAUGGGAUUGGGGUUUCUAAUUCUAAAAAUUUACUUCCUGUCCAUUGGUAGUUACUUUUAAAAGUCUGCUUCAUUUUGUGGAGUGGUUUUAAUUAUUAAAGGGCACAUGUAACUGAAAUACAGCAACAUACUGGCUGAAAUAGUCUAUCAAUGAGCAGAAUUAGUUUAUAGUUAAUGGCAGGCAGAUACUACUUCUACUUUCAUGUUAUGUUCAUUAUAAAGUAUACGUCUUAACACUGAAGUAGACACUGUUCAUGUCACCCAAGCACUCCUACUGCAGUCAAGAGCUGGACUCUCCAUAGACUUUUGUAUAUAAAAAUGUAGACUUCACCUAUGUUAAUAAUGCCUUUCAUAAUUUUCUGGAGGGGAGGGUUGAUGGGAAAUGAUGUUAUGUUGCACAGUGACAGCCAGUUUUGUGAAACACAUGAACACAUACUUAACUUUGAGACCACGAAUACCCUAGUACAAAAGUAUGGUAGUAUAUCUAUAUGGGUAAUUUAAAGGUUAGGCAUUGUUCUGUACUGGAUAGAGAAAUUGUCAUCAUAACGUAAGUAUCAAAUACAAAUAGUUUAUGCAUGCUCUAUAACUCAGUCAAGUCAGUGGAUCUGUUCUUAUUUGAGUGAGCAAAUUCUAAUGACUGAGUUCUAAUUUAAGUGAGUUUAACUUAUGUAUUUUAUACAUUUAUCCUCUUGCUUUGUUUUAUGUAGCUUUGGUGGAGGGCAAAAGAAGGAGGAAAACAUGAGACAAAGUGUGUGUUUAAUGCCUAAUGCCAUCUGUUCGUUUCCAAUGGAUCCAGACUUGCAGGAGGCUUUCAAUGAUGUUCAGAGCUCCAUCUACAGAACAGCCCUAAAACUACGCUCGGUACAAAGUCUAUGCCAGUUGGAUUUGAUUGAUGUUUCUCUGAUUCAGCACGCCCUGUCAAGUGAACAGAGCCAGAGGGAAAAGCAGAUUUCUCUGAAAGUGCAGCAGAUCUCUGGAAUGCUGACAGAACUGUUCCAAAGGGCGAGGUUAGAAAAACCAGGCCAGGUAGAUCUAAGAGGUGCUGAUUUCACAUUGAGCCUGCUAGCUGCCAUGUAUGACAGAUCUGGAACAGGUUAUAUCAAAGCUAGAUCUGCUGCAGCUGCCCUAAUUGCCCUUUCAGGAGACACUUUACUGGCUAAAUACAGAGCUUUCUUCCAGUUUUAUGCUGUCCCUGAAGGGAAGAUGGCCUUGAUCACCCGUAGUGCCCUGAGAAACCUACUAACAGACUUAAAUCAGAUACCAGCCAUUGUGGGAGAAGGCUGCACUUUGUCUUGUGUGGAAAUUGCAACUCGCAGCUGUUUCCAUGGGGUUCUGAAUUCAGCAAUUGUUGAAGAAAAAUUCUUGUCUUGGCUAAGAUCGGAGCCUGCUGUUCUCCUGUGGCUCCCUACGUGUUACAGAUUAUCAGCCACAGCAAUGGUUUCGCACCAAGCCAGAUGUAAAGUCUGCAAAAUUUUCCCCAUUACAGGCCUCAGGUAUCGCUGUCUGAAGUGCCUCAAUUUUGACCUUUGCCAAGUCUGCUUUUUCACUGGACGUCUCAGCAAACCACAUAAGAGUUCACAUCCUGUUAUGGAACACUGUGUGCAGAUGUCAGCAAAGGCGAAUGCAAAGCACUUUCUCCGCACCAUCAGAAAUAACCUGAUUCUAGAUUGCCGCAGGAGAAAGGAGUCUCAGAGAAGGAGGGCUCUGGAGGCAGUGGAGGAGACGUACUUCCAUACCCACAAAAAGACUUUUCCCCUGGAAGAACUCGGUGCUUCACCACUACCUGGCCCUGAAAACCUGUCUUUCCUAGUGGACAGACCUGUCCUAGAGUCAGCAAAGUUCAUAUCUGAAAACAGAACUGUAGUGCAGAAGAGUGAAAAUAACAUCAAGACACCAGAGCGAGGCAAGACAGAAAUUCAGGCAAUAGCCUCUUCUGAAGCAGAUGUGUUAAAAAUGCAUGAAUCCAUUAGAAAUAUUUGUAAUGAGAGCAGGUACAUGAAGAAGCAGUUCAACAAGUGGAAGGGCAAAAUGCAAUUUCUUCACAACUGUCAGGAAGAAAAAAGCUGCAAAAUAGAGGCAAAGCUCCAAAGCCUGAGAGCAAGCCAUGAAAACCUACAAAUGAAGUUGCAGCAAAUGAAGCAAGAAGUAAAGACAAUGUUCCAGUCAUCAGAGCAUCCUUUUGUACAGAGUCAAUAUAUGAUGCCAAGAAGUCCUCACAUCCUGCUGGAAAGGACACUGCAGGCUGGAUUGAAUCCUGCCCAAAUAAGACCUAAUUCCAGAACAUGUUCAGACUGGAAAUCUCCGAAUUCCUCCAACUCCACAAAUAGAAUGCAGCUUUUACAGACACCUGAAGUUCCCACUGCAGUGGACUUAAUCUCAGAAGACCCACUGGAGUCAGCAUCCCUGAAGAGCAACAGACCUCGGGAUAAAAAAGCAAAAGAGAAUCAAACACAUAUGCCUGAAUUGACAGAAAACUCCCACAGGGACAUCAUGAGGAAUACAGUUCUUACUCCCAUUGCAGUGAAGAUACCACUUGAUGAGAAAGAAGCCAGUGAGGAAGUGGAACUGCAGCAGCUAGUGAUGAAACUAAAGGAUGCAGUGUCUCUCCAAUCCCAAGCAGCUCAACAGUCUGCUUUGCAGCAGGAAUUCUUCUCUACAGCUGAACAUGUUAGCAGAUCCUUUUCUGACCUCAUCAACCAAGUGAUUUCACCAGCUUGUAAAUGAUGGAAGCUACCACUUGCCCUUACAGCUCCACUGAACUAUUGAAGGUAACUGAUGUCAUAUCAGACUUUUAAAAGUGUCUCAGAUGUUUUGCUGUAAUAACCCAACAUAACAGACUUCUGCAUUUACUGACUUCACCAGGGACCAUAAAUAGUGUUAAGAGAACGACAUUCUUAACACUAUUGGUGGCUUCUGUUGGUGGCUUCCAGCUCCUGUGCAGUAGGUGUUAGCCCAGCUGAUAAAAAUCAGCAUGUCUUCAUUAAUGUUACACAGGCUUUAACGACUGUCCUGCCCUGUCUUCUCUUCUUAGUGCCGUAUAAUCCAUAAUGGCUUGUCUUUCAGGAACAUUUUUUUUUUAAUAUAUAUGAGUUCUGUUAACUGGUUUCAGUGGUGUAUUUGCUAUCACAUCAUUGUUUCUUAGAUUAAAGGAAGAAAUGAGUUCUUAAUUGUCAGACUUCCCAAUAUUUGGUAUUUAUAUAAUCAUAUUUUUCCAAACUACUGAAUUAAAUGAAAAUAUGCUUUGAACACUUAAAGUAAUUUAAUUGGUUUAGAAGAGCCUUUCCAUUCCUGAUUAACUUACAUAUCUGGGACAACAUUGGAAUAGAAUGCUUAAUUUCCCACAAAGAUUUUCCUGGUCUUGUAUUUUUCAGAAUUAAUUAUAAUCACCAAGAUAAAGGGACAGACUGACUCAUUAAAAUGGCUAGAAAUCUUGUUUCCUGUUGGUAGCACCUCAGCCACCUUCUUGAAAGGCCUUAUACUGUGGUAGUGAUAGCAAUAAACAUUCCUGGUUAUUUCUGCUAGUUUUGGUCACAGGAGGCCUUAAUUACAUGUACUGCAAACAUCCAAGAAUUACAGCAACAAAUAAUGGUAUGCAACUGGAAGCUGACAAGUAGCUUGUCUCUAGCAAAGGAAGUGUGAUGCAGCUCAAAAGUAGAGAAACUAACUGAGGGUGAGGACCCCACAAAACACAUAGGGAUGGGGUCCCUAGAAAGUGGAUACUUGUAUUAUCACAAACAGAAUAUAGUGUGAGAUAAAGGCUUAGUAGCUUUUGCAAUAUACCAGUGCCAAGAGAUACAUACAAU